AUGGAGUUGCCGAUUCACGACUACUUAUGGCAUACAAAUACUCUCAAACCUGGCAAGAGUUAUCGAAUGCCUUUCAAGUUCAUCGUCCCCGAUGAACUUCCCAUCCAUGCCUGUCAUCACCAAUGCGCCAAUCACCAAAUCCAACAAGAACAUCUGCAGCUACCUGCAAGUCUCAGCUACCGUGCCACGAAAUCCCACGAUAUUCACGACAUGUCACCAGAAAUGGCAGAAGUGGUCUACAGUAUCAACUUUGCACUGUGGCAGCGAAAUGGCAAGGCAGGAAGGUCGAAGAAAAUUCUGGAAGCAACACAUCCCGUGCAGAUUCUCCCAACACGAAACGAGCACCCUCCCAUCCUUGUCCCAAGGAGGAACAAGUAUUAUGGACUGCGAGCAGACAAGUCCCUGUCGACAGGGCUGCUGCGACAUGCACACGGCAAACUGGCUGCCUGCUCUGCCCAACCACCGGCUAUCCAGUUACAAAGUCUCCAGCCAACGAAGACGGACGCGUCAACUCCUCUGAAGAUCGAUCUUCGGUUUGACCCUGCUCAUUUGGGCCAGUUGCCACCAAGUCUUGUUGCCGCCGAAUUUCAGUUACGGGCGAUGACAUUCUUUGGGCUGGAGACAUGGCAAGAUUAUCCAGAUCUGUCUGAUAUUUCUACAUGGGGUUCACGACAAGACUUUUGGUCUGAUUAUGUGCCAUUGACACUGAACAACGAAAUAAAAUUGGACUGGAAGUCUCAAGAAGAAGGGGACCGUACGAUCUUCACUGCAUCGACUGAGGCUUGCUUUUCACUGCCUACCCAUCGACGCUAUCCACCCACUUUUCACUCGUGUUUAGUGUCUCGGGUUUAUGCCCUGAAGGCAACGUUGUUCUAUAGAUUACAUGGAAAGGCUCGGGGUAGAUCAUCUAUAUCGAUUUCUGUUCCAGUCGAGAUUUGUGCAACAUGA